GCGAGAAUCCUGAGGUAAAUCCCUGCCGCACGCGUUACGUCAUUGACCUUAGGCCGAAAAACAGCCUUUCUCGGCAUAAUUGCGCGAGGGAUUUCCGCCUAACCGCCAGCGACGCCAACCAGAUCGACGAGUUUUCGACGAAUUCGAAUAAAAUCGGAUUCGCGAAUAGUCUGCGUCGUCGGUCGUCGCGGUAAUCUUUGUAAUUGACUAUAUCGUGACGGACACAUUUUAAUAAAAUGAGGACCGCCGGUUGUUAUUGUGCCAUCGCGGUCUUUGUGUGCGGUUUGGGUUGGGGCGCGAGCGUGUCGGGCCGAAUAAGAAGACAAUGGGUUUGGCCGCAGGAAUCUCACGAGGUCCAGCAAGUAGCCGGCAACUGUACCGGAGGAUUCCAAUGCAAAACGACGCCCGAUUGCAUCGAUCCGGACAAACAAUGCAACGGCGUAGAGGACUGUAAGGACGGGAGCGAUGAAUACGAGAACAUUUGCAAGGACAUACCCUGUUACGGUUAUCUAUUUAAAUGCGCUUACGGGGCUUGCAUCGGCGGCGACCAAAAAUGCAACGGCGUUAAGGAUUGCAAGGAUAACUCAGACGAGGAAAACUGUCCGGUAGAGAAGAAGGGUAACAUCUAUUGCAGAUCGGACCAGUUUGAAUGCGACAACGGCCAAUGCAUAGAGGUGGACGGAAAAUGCAACGGCGUAGCGGACUGCGAGGACAAAAGUGACGAAGCCCAGAGUCUGUGCUACAACAUCUACUGUCCGGGCUACUCUUUCAAAUGCGCAUACGGAGCGUGCGUGGAUCGAGACGCGCCCUGCAACAACGUACAAGACUGUCUGGACAAUUCAGACGAAGACGAAAAACUGUGCGGUCCAGUCGUCACACCGCCCGUCACGCCCGGCGGCCAAGAUGGCGCAUCGGGCGGUUGCACGACCCCCGCGCAACCCACCGACGGACAGUGGACCCGCGACAACGUUAAAGGGACUGAAGGUCAAAGGGUCGGGAUCGGCUCCCUCAUCAAGUUUACGUGUAACGGGGGCUACAGGUUGUCGACGGUGAGGGAUCAGGAGAUCGUUGAGUGCAAAGAAAACGGAUGGAGUUUGACGCAGAUGCCGCAUUGUGAAAAACUUUGCCCGCCGUACUACAGCACCAAAACGACGAUCCUAAAAUGCACGGAAGCGGAAAGCGGGUCGGAGGUGCCGUGCGACAAGGCGACCGCCGGCACCAGAUUGACGUUCAAGUGCUCCAGGUUUUACGAGCCGCCCAAGGGCGUCAAACUCAACAGGUACUGUCUCGAAAACGGACUCUGGGACGGUGACAGACCGGAGUGCGUAGUAGUAUGCGGAGAGCAACGGGUGACGGCAAUACCGCUUUUGGUGGACGGAAAAGAAAUAGAAGCGGGCGAGUUCCCGUGGACGAUUGCCAUUUACAGGAAAUCGCCGUCCGGGUCCUACAGGAACAUAUGCGGGGGAUCGAUGCUCACUCAAAAUUUGGUCCUUACGGCCGGGCAUUGCGUAACGGACAGUAAGGGCAGACCUCGUGACACCGCCAUUUACAAAAUCGCGGCCGGGAAAUACUACAACCGAUACAUGGACGAGAGAGAUAACAAGACUGUAGAAUACGCGGACAUCAAGACGAUUUUGGUCAAUCCGCAAUACGGCGGAAGUAAUCAGAAUUACUUGGGCGACAUGGCGAUACUCGUACUGAAUAGGGUCAUUCCCUUAUCACAGGUGAUCCAGCCGAUAUGUUACACGAAUUUGGCGGAAAUGACCGUCCAUUACAACGACUUGGGCGUGGUGACCGGUUGGGGAUACACGGAAGCGGACGGCGUCCCGUCCGACACCCUGAAGAAGCUGGAACUGCCCUACACGAACAUCGACGAAUGCAAGGCCACCUUACCGCCCGUGUGGGUCGACAGGUUUUUCACCUACGAUAAAAUGUGCGGCGGUUUCUAUAACAAAAGCAGGAGCGUAUGCAAGGGGGAUAGCGGCGGAGCGUUCGCCUUCGAGAACGAGUUCCACAGGUUUUACGUCAUCGGCAUUGUCAGUAUCAGUCACUCCUACAAAAAGGAUACGUGCAACAUCGAACAAAACGCCCUGUUUACGAGAGUGGCGGAUCACGCGAACUGGUUAGAGUACCAAGUCUCGCAGUACUCCGAUUUGAAGUCUUGAAAUAAUUAGACCGAAUAAACGGACGUUUUUUUUUCUCCAAGUUU